AUGGACCUUCCGUCGUCGCGAGAGAUUGACCUGGAGAACUUACUCAGAGAGCGAGAUGCGCAGGUGGCCGAGCUCACGGAUGAAAUCACGCACUUGCGCCAAUACCUCUCUACCCAGCCGCCGCCGUCUGUGACGGACCCUGUCUCGUUGCCACCAGCCUUGGUCUCUGUAUUGCUACCUCAUAUUCGCGACCACGCGACAUCCACAUCAUCGGGGUCGAAUACCGUCACUGCAGCUCUCACACAGAGAUGCAAGACCCUGCAGGAAGAGAACGACGAACUUUACGGCCUCUUGAAGGCUGGAGAGACCGGUAGACUCAAGGAAGAUGUCCGCGCACUGCGGCGGGUGGUCCAGAAGCUGGAGGGGGCGCUAAAAGAAUCACAUCAAGUCAUCGCUUCACUCUCCGCGGAGCUUGAGAAGUCUAAUGAGGUUCUCGUGGCAAAUAGCCGCCAAACGCAGAUACCUAAAAUGCACUCGCAUUCUCAAUCACCUGUUCCACCUCGAAACCACUAUCCGCAACACCUUUCGGCGGCACCAAAUGGCUCGGGGAAGCUCCCGCCUACGGGUCCCCGAGCACACAAAAAGCCACGGCUCUCGGAGUCGCACGGAUCUCCUGCGCCGCCCAACCCCGGCCGGCCAGGCUCCGCGACGAGCUACGCACAAUCUGCUGCAUCCUCUCCUCGCGAGACGCGCGACAGACGUCCAGAGUCGAUGGACAGAAAGCCUCCACAUGUGAUGGACGUCGACGAGGAUCAGCGCAGCCGACCACGAUCACCUGAUCGGCCGCAUGAGCGCGACCGUCCGCCCCAUGUGGAUACCGCUGGUGAUCGCGGACGCGACCACAAGGACCGAGUCCGCGACAGAGAGCGAGACAAAGAUCGCGAGAAGAACCGCGAGCGGGAGCGUGACCGCGAGCGAGACCGGACGUCCCGUAGGAAUGGUGGGGGACGAUCCGGUGGAGGAGGGGGAGGCCGCCGGAGUGGGCGGGGACAGAACAACCUACCGUCAUUCGACAGCACGGAUCGGACGUUGGCGGAGAGGAUGGGACUAUGA